CUUCGAGCACGUGAGAUCUCGUUAGGCGAAACCUGGCUGGGCAAUUCUCAACAGCAAGAUCAGCGUCCGCGGCGGUCUGUUUGCAUCGGCACUGAAGAAUACCGCUGUGAACUCAGCCCUGGCGCCCCCCCCACUCUUGUCCGCAACCGCCGGGGACUGGGUAUUCCACCCAGACCAGCGGCACAGGCUGUACAGCCUCGGCAAGGUACAUCACUAUGCAUGGCGUGGAAGCGAUAUGCAACGCGCGAAAUACGCUGCGAACGCGCGCCUUUUGCUGGAAGCUCCACAGGGCCUUCUGGGUCUUCCGCACAGGUCUCGACUCGCCAUGCUUAGAACCAGCGAGGAGAGCCACACUGCCAUCCUUCGAUUCCAUGGACGCCCUCCGAGAACCCUCAGGGACGAAAAGCCUUGCCAGUGCAGUUGGAUAGCCUCUCAAGACCUCACAGUCUAGGCCCCUCUGAGCCGAUCACGCGGGACAAGCUGGCGAAGCCGCUGGGAGUCUGGCGUCGAGCCCGACCCCUCUCGAACCGGCGUCCGCGCCUCUAGGCCCUCCGGCGCCGCGAAGUUCCGCUCGCUCACAACUCCAUGACCUCGUGCCGGCGGCCGACUGCGGCCGCCCUCACGCCCCUCUCGGGAUCCUUGGAGGUCCUUGUCGUGGGCGGCGGCGAGGGCUUGCGCACCGACCAACACCGGCAAGCCACCACGCAGGCGACCAGUGCCGCGAACGCGGCGGGCAGCCACGUGCCACCUCUGGGAGCGCCUUGUACGUCUGCGCUCCACCGGGGAGGCAAGUACGCGGGCGGAGUGGCUGCGGAAGUGCGCCACGCAACUGCGGCGGCUGGGGCCACGGGUGCCCGCAUGGCCCCAGCCUCCGUGGGCGUCGCCACUAGGCGCGUCGUCGUGGGGCCCGCCCCCAACGGAGGUGCCUCGCCAACGGCCGCCACACCCGUGGCAGGCGGUGCUGGCACUGUCGCUGUGGCUACCGUGGGCAUCGCUUCCCCCAGCACCGCCGUGGAAUUAGCUGCGGUGUAUGCGACACCCGCAGCUGGCGCCGCGGCCGGGGCGGCCGCUGGCGGUGGCCCGGCCACCGCGGGUGGCAGUGUGGCCGCGGGCGACGCUGGCAGCUCCUCCGCAAGCGGCUGCCCAGCGGAGCUGGAAACGGACGUCGAGGCUGGUGGCGCGGCCGCGGGCGUCGCCACUGGGGGCGUCGUCGUGGGGCUUGCUCUCACUGGAGCUGUCGCGUUCACGGCCGCCAAGCUCGGGGCAGGAGCAGCGGCGGGCGCUGUCGCUGUGGCUGUAGCUGCCGUGGGCGUCCCUGCCAACGCUGUGGAAUUGGCUGCCGUGUCCACGACCACCGCGGCCGACACUACGGCCGGCGAGGCUGGCGACAGCGGCCCAGCGACACUGGCCACGGACGUCGAUGGCGCGGCCGCGGGCGUCGCCGCUGGGGGCGUCGUCGUGGAGCCUGCUCUCCCUGGAGCUGUCGCGUUCACGGCUGCCAAGCUCGGGGCAAGCGCGGCAAGCGAUGUCGCUGUCGCUGUGGCUGCCGUAAGCGUCCCUGCCAACACCCGUCGAGAAUGAGCUGCCGUGUCCACGUCCCCCGUAGCCGACACUGCGGCUGGCGAGGCUGGCGGCAGCGGCCCAGCGGGCGUCGCCGCUGGGGGCGUCGUCGAGGAGCCUGCUCUCACUGGAGCUGUCGCGUUCACGGCCGCCAAGCUCGGGGCAGGCGAGGCGGGCGCUGUCGCUGUGGCUGCCGUGGGCGUCCCUGCCAGCGUCGUAGAAUUAGGUGCCGUAUCCACGACCCCCGUGGCCAGUGCCGCGGCAGGCGCUGGCGGCGGUGCGCCCGCGGACGAGGUCGGCAGCGACGCUGACGGCGGCCCAGCGGCGCUGGCCACGGACGUCGAUGGCGCGGCCGCGGGCGUCGCCGCUGGGGUCGUUGCCGUGGAGCCUGCUCUCUCCGGACCUGUCGCGUUCACGGCUGCCAUGCCCAGGGCAGGCACGGUCAGUGCCGGCGCUGUGGCUGCCGUGGGUGUCGCUACCGGCGGUGCCGCAGUGAAGUUAGCUGUCCUGCUCACAGCCUCCGCGGCCGUGGCCGCCUGCGCCUCCGCCGCCAACGCGCCCGCCGCGGUGUAGCCGCUUGUCGAUGAGUUCCCAAUCAGCUGCAGGGCCGCUUGCAGCGCCUCUCGCAACACGGCGAGGUCCACCGUGCCAGGGCCAUUGUGGUCCAUGUCGGUGGGGAUGCCGAGGUAGGGCAUGUCGAGCUUGGUGGAGAGCAGCUGGAAAUCCCAGGAAUGAGGCCUCUGCAUGAACUCUAUGACGGGCGUGCUGGCGACGCCGCAGAUGAGGUUGGAGAAGCCGGCGCCGUGAGGGCCUGCGAUCAGGCUGGCCUGUCUAAAGAUGCGGCAUGUCGUGGGCACGUCUGGGGUCGGAUCGUCGGAGAAGAUCUCCACCCUCCAGCCCGGCAGUGCGCUUCGCAUCGCCUCGACGACCUGGUCAUGGUUGGUCACUGAACGUCGGGUGGUCUUUUGGCGGCGGAUCAGAAGAGCUACCCUCUCGGCACCCUUGGGAUCCCCGGGCUCCCAACCUAUGUUCCGCGCUACCAGCUCGCGCAUACCUUGUACCGCGAAAGGCUGAGCACCUUUACGCAUGUUUGCGCAAGCAUUGCUCGGCGGAAAAUACACCACCUGGGCCUUCCACCACCCUUCCAGAAGCCGGCUGCCCUCGCCAGCGAGGGUGCCGAUGCCCACCAAGCGGGCCCAAGCUUGUCCAGUCUCGUCAACCAUACCCGUGUGAAAGAAAGUGCUGUUGUCCUCGAGUACGGACGGGUGCUGCUGGCGUAUCCACAUGACGCGGGACAAGGAGUCUACGACGAAGUGGUAGUACGCCCUCCACUGCGGCUGCGUCAACACCACGAUUGCUUUCAGGGGGGGACCAGGCCUGUGGUGUGCUGGAUCGCAGCCCUCGACUUGCUUCCCCCCUUCGUCGCACACGUAGGGCGCCUUGCUGCUCACGCCGCAGUAUGGCGUAUCGGGUAUGCAGCAGCCCUCUGGGAAGCCGCAGCCGUCCCAUUCCAGGCAGCCAUUGUGGCCGCACCCCACCAGUGCUUUCGUGACGUGCGUGUAGGGCAGCGAAGCGUUGCAGCCAGACUCCUCGCGCCCCUGGCCGGCCUGGCGGCUGGCGUUGGCGGCGUCGCAGUCCUCGAAGACCUGGCCCUUGCAGCUCACCACGGCGUUGUAGAACAAGGUGACCUGCGAGGCCGCGCCCUCCUUCCUCCGCAUCACCUCGGCCAGAUCCAGCCCGUCGCCGGCGACUCGGUAGCCUGUGGGCGCCGCCGCGCUGGCCAGAGCAGAAACGACGGCCCCGAAUGCAUAAUGGCCGCGCCACAUGGCGGCCCGCAGCGUGACCAGCCUGGCACCGGUAUGCCCCGAUCGCAACUGGAUCGGCAGCCCCCGGGUGCUCCCCGGGCGAGCGCCGCCACGCCCACUCGAGCCAGC